AAUACUUGGUAAACACGGUGUUCGGAAUUUUAAAAUGUUUGAUAUAUUUUCACAAUUUUUUUUACUAUAGCAAAAUCUAACUACAAUAACUGUGCAUCCAAUAUUUUUUUGUUCUUGUUUAUAAUCGCCAGUGUUAUAACUCAUUUGAGGAUAAUAUUGUCAGCCUAUAGUCCUUGGGAACCAAAAUUCGUUUACUAUAUGUUGCAUUCUAUUAUCCACGGAUUUUAAAAAGAUUUUGAACACAUACUUCUCUUAAAUUUCUUCCAAGACGAUUCCUUACAGAUGACUUAAUUAUAAUUCACUAUCAUAUGAACUUAUAAAAUGUUAACUCCUAAUUUUGAAUUGGAUCAAACUGAAAAUUAUCUAAUCAUUAAAAUCAAAGCUAGAUUUGCUAAUGUAAAUGAAACUGAAAUCGAUGUAAAUGGUAAUCAGAUUACAUUUUAUUCAUCUCCAUAUUAUUUACGACUUCAUCUACCUGGUGAAGUUGAAGAAACUGAUACUUCUUCUGGAUCUUAUGAUUGGGACUCGUAUGUUUUUACUUUUAAAUUAAACAAAGUAAAUCCAGGUGAACAUUUUCCAGAUUUAAAUCUCAUAAACAAAUUUCUAACGCCGAAAACAAUUAAUCACACAAUUAAACCAUCUAUUGAAGUUCUUAAUGAAAGUAGUUAUUGCGGCAGCAGUGAUGAUGAAAUUGAAAGCGAUAUAGAUUGUGAUUUUUUACAAGAACUACCUGUCCUUGAAGAUAAUACGAUUUCCAUGAAAUAUGGAUUUGCAAAUCAAACUCAAAACCCAUUUAAUAGUUUUAGUGACGAAUUUUUUGAAAUAAUUGAAAUUAAAAAUCCUGAUUGUUUAAAUUUUGACGAAAGAAAAUCAUUACAAGAAACGAAGGAACUUGCUGAUUUUUGUGAUGACCAUUACUUAGCAGAUUUAAUGAUGGAACCGGAUGAACUACAAAAUAUUUUAAGUUUUAAACCUUUUUGGCUUAACUCUACGUUCACCUUAAAUGAUUCACACCAAAAUAUUUUAAAAUCAUUCGGCAAUAAAGAAUAUUUGUUAAGCAAAGAUGAUAAAAAAUCGGCUUUACUAUCGUUGGUUGAUAUAGUCUAUGCAUAUUGUUACAGCGUACGUACGAAUUUGGGUGAAGAAAACGCUGAAUCGCCUUGGCUAAUCAAUAAACUGUCAUCAACUCUUUCUUGGUUUCGUAAUUUUGACACAUUUGACGAGGUUGUCGUAUCGUGCAUAAGGCGGAGUUUAUGUUACCCACUGUACAGGCGAUGGGAUUUAAGCAUGUGUGUGCUCUUCGAUGUACGUAAAAUAUUUGAAAACGGAUGCAUUUGUUUACUUACGUGUUUGUUGGAUAUAUAUAAACUGUUUAACUCAAGUGAACCCAGAUACGUAUUGAACCAGCUGUACAUUAAAGACUAUUGUAUAUGGAUACAACAGAUUAAGAGCACACAUUUCGAUACUAUAACUAAACUAUUUGACGACAACAAAAUCGAAAAAGGCAUUUUACAAUUGGAUUUAGAAGAACUAGAAAUAGCUGCGUUGAGUGUAGACGAAGACAUGGCAUUUUUAGAACGUGCAGAAAACAGCACCAGUGACAGCAUUGAAUCUCAACUACAGCAGUUACAAAUAUCAAGUUCGAAAACUGAAAGCAGUCUAGAUUCUGAUGACGAAGAAGAAUAAUGUUAAUUCGUAUAUGUUAUUUACAUAUGUAACACAUUUUUGUAUAUAUUGAGAAGAAAAUGUACACAUACUUUAGAAUUUGUAUGUUAUUGUGGAAAUAUUCAUUUUAUAACUCAAUUUUACAACAAAUUUUAAAUUUACAAUA